CGAGGCUGGUGCCGAAGAUGUUCUAGAAAGCAUUUCUUCGACUGAAAUUUUUCUUGCAUUAACACCACACACACAUACAUAACCACACACACACAGUUGACGAGUGGACUUUCGACCGAACGGCAGCUUGCCCUCCGCGCAAAACAAGGACUAAGCUUAAAGGAAUAAAAAUAUUAUGUUGGACUACACGGAAAUGUCAACGAAAAGCAGACGACGUCUGCCGGGUGUUUGGACCCUAAUCUUGGCCAUGCUGCUCUUCGCAAUGACCCUAACGGGCGUUGCUCUGCUGGAGGCGAGUCGCUCUCAAUCUUCACAGGGGGAUCAGUCCUUGAAUCAGAUCUUCAAUGUGAAUCGCCUAUGGUCGCACUUUCAGCUAUCGUCUAAUAAAACGGACGAUGAAAUCGCUGCAACUGUUGAGCGCAUAGCGAGAGAUGCCAAGGCAAAUGCCAGUCAGAUUGUAAAUGGACAUAGUAAUAACUACUACGAGGAGCAGAGUGCGGUGCUUGUCAAUUCAGAGAGUGCACAACCCAGAUCGGACUCCGACGAGACGGAUCCCUACUAUGAUGCAGCGGCUGAGGACUAUUUCAAUGGUCAGCAAUUAGCGGAGUCAGAUGACAGUUAUAGCGAUGCUGAUAGCUCUGUUCCCUCGGAGAGUGAGGGUAGAUCUGCACAGGGACGACCCGUUGACUCCUUCUACGGAAAGUGGCAAUAUGCCACACAGACUCCAUCACCAGUCACCAAUAAUCGCAAAUUGCAGCCAGUUGCUGUCAAUCGUCCGCCAUAUGAUGCCUACGAUGAAGUGUACGAUUAUCCCAUGGGCUUCCAGCCGCGCCCACAUACCCCACAUACGAAUCAGCUAAGCUCCAAGCAGGUGGCAUCGGUGCCCGUUAACGCUAUUUCCGCUGCACCAGUUCCCCAAGAGUCUUCGCUGGUGACGUUUCUAAAAAUUCUGAAGCAAAUGUGGGAUCUCUAUCAGGCAUUGACGAGCGCUUGGGGUAAAGUCGCCGACCGGCAUCAGGCGAGUACCGAGCAGCUGAAAAAGGAACGCCUGGAGAAGCAGCGACUGCGGCAACAGCAGCAGCAGAUCAAGUCGAGGAUUAAUUCGAAGAAACCCCCACGCAUUGAGGGUGAUAAGUUCGGACAGCGCAAUCAGACCAAGAAAGCUAAGGGAACAACAAGCACAACAACAAAAGCAACAACAACAAGGAGCCCCAGCAAGAGUACAAGCACCUCGAAAGACUUCUCCGAUGAGGUGACACUAGCGCCAGCAGUUAUUGUAGAACCCAGUAAGCCUGUCCAGGAAAAUUCGCCUCAGGAAACCUCUGUAAGCCGACUGCGAAUGAAACGAGAACCAAGCCCAGCAAGUUCAGAUGUGGGCGAGGGACGUUAUAUUAAGGGUGAUCCUCUCAAGGGUUACUAUGAUUUUGUCAUCACGGAGGGAUCCUACAAGUUCUGGGCUGCUUUCCAGGUUGGCACUGCUCUUCUGAUCAUCUACUCCACCUUCGCCGCCAUCUACUACUCCAAAGUAAAUCCUUUGACCAGCGAUUACGAUUAUCAGGACUAUCUAGGCGGUGUUCGUUCCUUCUCCGGAGGCGACGAUGACUUUGUGGAUGACAGCGAAGCAACGAGUCAGCCAUCAACCACUUCAACCACAUCGCGCAUUAUGAAUUGGUUACCACGCACAGCGCAUUCUCUUCAGUUCAUACUGGAUGCCAUUGAUAAAUUUCCAUUAGAUCAUGAUAGAAAAGCAGAAACAGGCUGGACUACGGGGAACACGGAAAAAACUGGAUCGAAUGAUGCAGAAAGCAGAUAG